AUGUUACACAAGCGGAGAGCGACUCUGUGGCUCGCGACAGACCACUGUCCAGAGGCUUCUGAAGAUGACACGGAUACAUCUCAACCAGCCCAAGUAGCCAUGACCAAGCCAGGAGCGUUCAGCACGAAGAAGCAGAAGAGUGAAACGGCGUCUCGGAUCAGGACUCUAACUCUCUUGCCGGACAGACUCCACCCAGUACACAAAAGAACCAAUAGUAGCAACCGCAGCAGCGGGAGUGGGGAUAAUGACAACAGCAAGAGCACUACCGACAAGAAGCACCACAAGAAGCCUUACUGGGCUCAAUUUAGGUUCAGAGAUAUGGAGGCUCUUAUUGUCCUCGAUGUCUUGAAAGUUGUUUGCUUUCCAUCCAAACAUCUCUCGCAGACCGGAUCUGCUGACCUGCAUCUGAUAUAUAACUUUAAGUUCAAGCUCAGAGUUCUAGGAAGUAAGCAUAUCGAUCGCGGUAGUGGACAUCGCGAGCGGAUUACAGGCUAUGAGGAGCAGGCCCAGCGAGCGAAGACUGUGCUUACCGCGCAACGCGUUAGCAAAGCGUUCCAGUCCUGCAUUCUGGGCUUCCCAAAGCUACUUUGUCAACUUGGCCUGAAGACUCAUAUUGGAGCACAUCAAGCAACCAGUGUCAACGCCUUGCUUGCCGAGCCGAAGAGACGGAUCGCGCCAUGGUUUUCUACAAUCUCGAUCGGCGGCCUCGAUUGCUUCUAUGUAUACAACAACCAUGCGAGCCUUUCAGUCUUAUUCGAUAUUAGCGAUGCGUAUAAACUUCAAGACACUCUGAAAAACAAUCCAUCCUCAUUACUCAGCAUGUGGCUUCAAUGCCCAAUGCCCGAACAUAAAGCAGAGACCAAGGUCAAAGCUCAAGCCUUGGGAGUGCUGGCAGGCCUCGCUGCGAAUCUGCAGGAAGCGGCUGAAGCGCUUGAGCGUGCCCGAUCUCAAGAGGUUGACUACAAGAUCAAGGUCACUGACUGGCAGGACCCUCUUGAUAAGAGAUUCGAUUGGAGGAAGGGGUUCACUGCGGAGCAGCUUGUGAUGAUCGUUGAGGGCCCGAGGAUCAUAGUCAGCUAG